AACAGAUAGCGUUGUGUUUUUGAAGAGUGAACUUCGAGAGCCUUUCAAUUCAACUGCGAUUCUUUAUUACGAGGAGGUUGUAGCUGACGCAUAUUGUACUUCGAUAGACUAAGGCAAACAUGCAGAUCUUUGUCAAGACCCUCACUGGAAAGACGAUCACCUUAGAGGUGGAAGCUUCUGACACGAUUGAAAAUGUCAAAGCAAAAAUCCAAGACAAAGAGGGUAUCCCUCCAGAUCAGCAACGUUUGAUUUUCGCUGGCAAGCAGCUCGAAGAUGGCCGUACACUGUCCGACUAUAACAUUCAGAAGGAGUCCACCCUUCAUUUGGUCUUGCGUCUCCGAGGAGGCAUGCAGAUCUUUGUCAAGACUCUCACUGGAAAGACGAUCACCUUAGAGGUGGAAGCUUCCGAUACAAUUGAAAACGUCAAGGCUAAAAUUCAAGACAAAGAAGGUAUCCCUCCAGACCAACAACGACUGAUUUUUGCUGGCAAGCAGCUCGAAGAUGGUCGCACACUUUCAGACUACAAUAUUCAAAAAGAGUCCACACUUCAUUUAGUUUUACGACUUCGAGGUGGUCAAUUCUAAUUCCGGUUUAAGCAUUGAUCUCUUAUUAAUAAGUCAAAAUUUUAUUUGUAAGUUCUCGGAAUAAAAAUGAAUAAAUCUUUUUUGUUAACGAAUGUAAA